CCGCAUCAUUUGCAGUGGUGAGUUUGACUCGUGGGUUGCGCACGUGCUCAUCAGCACUGAUGUCAAGUGUGUCGUGCAUGUAACAGCCUCCGUGUGUAAUGCCAGUGGGCGGCGAGUAAUCUGCUGAGCAACGCUUAUUCUUCGGAGAAAAGUGUCGUCUGCUACGGAUUUGCAGUCUGCCAGUUGGCUCUCGGAAUUGUUCACGGCGAUCAGUUGCACUUGCUCGUUACACAGCUGCGCCAUGCGGUGUCCUAGGUGAUGGCGGCUGUGGUGGCCUUCUGCUGCUUGGCUGUGGCUGUGCAGGGGGAAAAGAGCUUCCUGAAGCCCUGCCGUGUGCCAGAGUCUCAGGAGAACAUGACAGACGACAGGCAGGAGAUCGCCAUUGGAUUUUUAGGCACUUUCAACAACAGUCGCAUGCUAGGAAAGAUGGUCUCGGGUGCCGUCCCUCUGGCCGUUUCACACAUUAACCAGGACGACAGCCUGCUACCUGGUUAUCGGCUCACGUUCAAGCCCGAGAACGUCGGUCAGGUGGGGACAUCUGUGGCCAUUCAGAAGAUGACAUCAUUAUGGCAGAAAGGCGUGGUUGCCUUCAUCGGACCGGACGAGAGCUGCUACGCCGAAGCUCUCGUCGCCGACGCAUGGAACAUUCCCAUGAUCACAUAUCGCUGCUCGGACCUUCGGGUAUCGGGCCCCGCAUUCCGCACCUUCGCCCGCACUCUACCUCCUUUAUCGAAGGUGUCCAAGUCGGUCAUGUCCCUCCUACGCUACUUCAAGUGGGACCAGAUCACUCUGGUUGUGUCUGACCGUGCGGACAAGCGUCUAAUAUCUGAGGUCCUCGUUGGACUUGCCCGGGAGCACAACGUCACCGUCCAGCACACAUACUACGUGCCUGACAACUACAGGGAUGACGUCAACGGGACUGUCAAGAAGAUCGUGCUCGAUUCCCAUGCCUCUACCAGGGUGUACGUGAUGCUGGCGGAGACCGGUGUCCUGGUGGACUUUGUGCGCUUCAUGCACGAAAGCCACCUCCUGGAAGGCGGGGAAUACGUCAUCAUCUCAGUUGAAGAAGAAGACGUCUAUGACAAGUCUACAAAGUACCAGUACAUGAAGAAAGAUUGGGAGGAUUCUCCUCCUAUCCGUCCGUUUCCCUUCCGUGCUGUCCUGUUGCUGUCCCCGAGCGUCCCGGCCAGCGACCGCUACCAGCGCUUCGCCGACGCCGUUCUGCGUUACGCCGAGACCAAGCCGCUAUGCAUACCCAUGCACAUGGAGCUCAAGUUCAAGGUUCCCAUUUACGCGGGCAUGACGUAUGACGCGGUGAUGCUAUGGGCCCGUGCUGCAACUGAAGUGCUUCGCGAGAACGGCACCCUCACCAACGGCACUGCCAUCGGAGAAAAGAUUCGAAAGUCACUCUACCGAAGCGUCUUGGGCUUCGACAUCCGCGUGGACGAGAACGGGGACGCCGAAGGAAAUUACACGGUGCUGGCCUUCUCUCACGAGGACGACGAACAACUGACGCCCGUAGGACGAUUCACGCUAGCCGAAAAUACCAGCUCUCUACCCGAGUUCAAGCCCGAGCGCCCAAUCGCGUGGCUGGGCGGGGAACCUCCGGUGAGCGAACCCAAGUGCGGCUUCAACAACGACAAAUGCUCCUCCAAACAAGACUGGCGCAUCCUGGUCAUCGGCAUAUCAUGUGCCUGCGUCUUCCUCGUCGUGGGUAUCGUCGCCUUUCGCCACUACCACUAUGAAUACAAGCUGGCCCGGGGGCUGUGGAAGGUGGACAUUGAUGACGUCAUCACGGUGCGCACAAAUUCCCAGUACAGCCUACAAAAUGUCCGCAACACUAUCAAUGGCCUGGACUGCACGCGGACUGUUUUUCCCGAGCAGCUUCUGAAGCUAGAUCGUCAAACUGCGGAGACAGGCAGUGCCCGGUCGAGAGUGGGCUUCUACAAGGGCAACGUCGUCUUCAUCAAGCCCAUUUACAAGAAGAGCAUCGACCUCACUAGGAUCAUUCGGAAAGAGCUCAUCGAGGUGCGUGAAAUGCGUCACGAAAACAUCAACCCCUUCAUCGGUGCCUGCGUCGACCCGCCUAACAUCUGCAUCCUCGCCGUCUUCAGUGCCAGGGGAAGUUUACAAGACGUCCUCCGCAACGAAGACCUGGACUUGGACAGCAUGUUUGUGUCUUCUCUAGUGGCCGACCUUAUCAAGGGUAUGAUAUACAUCCACGACAGCGAGAUCGUCUCCCAUGGCAACCUACGCUCCUCCAACUGCCUAGUGGACUCGCGAUGGGUAUUGCAGAUCGCGGAUUUUGGUCUGCACGAGUUCAAGGCAGGACAGACGGCAGUCCCGCAGCACGUCUCUGAAAACACUUACAGAGGCCUCCUGUGGCGCGCUCCGGAACUUCUGCGUUUGAUGAAUCCUCCCGCUCGCGGAACCCAGAAAGGCGACGUCUACUCUUUCGGAAUCAUCCUCUUCGAGAUUAUCGGAAGGUCGGGCCCCUGGGGCAAUGCGGGGCUGCCCACAAAGUAUAUUGUGGAGAGGGUGCGCGCGAGGGACGAGUGCCCCCCAUUUCGUCCCCCUAUUGAGCAACUGACGUGCGCUGACUACGUGCUACGGUGCGUCCAGGAAUGCUGGGACGAGAACCCGGAUAACAGGCCGGAUUUUCGCUUCAUAAAUGUCAAGCUACGUCAAAUGCAAGCAGGACUAAAGCCCAAUAUCUUCGACAACAUGAUCGCAAUGAUGGAAAAAUACGCUUACAAUUUGGAGAGCCUUGUUCAGGAGAGGACGAAUCAGCUCAUGGAAGAGAAGAAGAAAACGGAGAACCUCCUCCUACGGAUGCUGCCUAAGUCAGUCGCGGAGCAACUGAAGAGAGGCGAACAGGUGGAGGCUGAGAGCUUCGACUGUGUCACAAUCUAUUUCAGCGACAUCGUCGGUUUCACAGCACUUUCAGCGGUGUCCUCUCCCCUGCAGGUAGUUGACCUUCUGAACGACCUUUACACGUGCUUCGACUCCAUCAUCGGAAACUACGACGUGUACAAAGUAGAAACUAUAGGAGAUGCGUACAUGGUGGUUAGCGGUCUGCCGCUGCGCAAUGGAGACCGGCACGCUGGCCACAUCGCUUCCCUUGCUUUGCAUCUGCUCAGUGCCAUACGGAACUUCGAGAUACGACAUCGUACAGGGGAGAGACUCAAGCUUCGCAUCGGAAUACAUUCAGGGCCCUGUGUGGCAGGAGUUGUUGGACUGAAGAUGCCACGCUAUUGUCUCUUUGGGGAUACAGUAAACACGGCCUCGCGUAUGGAGUCCACGGGAGAAGCGUUGAAGAUCCACGUGAGCGAGGCCUGCAAGAAUAUUUUGGACAAGUUGGGAGGCUACAUAGUGCAAGAACGGGGCCUCACACCUGUCAAGGGCAAAGGGGAGAUGCGUACUUUCUGGCUUCUGGGUAAACAAGAUCCGACCCUCCUGUCGCAAGAGAUUGAGCCGCCACAGGAAAGUCCUCCUAGCUGGCAGCAAUCGAGCGAGACAUCGCCGCUCUUUCCUCUUGCAGCAGAUCCAAGUGUGACAGCCAGCCUCCUUCUGCUAGAACCCGAAAAUGCGACGGCCAGUAUCCACAAAGGAAACUACAACAGCUGCCUGACUCUCUUCCAGGACUGUAAAAAGAGUUUAUUGCGUGAAUUGAAAAAGGAUGGCCGAUCAGGUUCUAACGGUUACCGGUCCGCUCCCAUUAUCACGUUCAGAGACCGAAGUACACCGGACUGUUUGCUCUAAUCGUUUUCCUAACGGGCACCUCUUUCGAAUGUAGUUCUAAAAGAAUUCGUCAUUCCGUUCAUGCUCACUACACUUCUUGCAGUGGAAAGCGUAGCAGACUUUGAAAGUGUUAACCGCUGAUACUGCACGGCACGAAAAAACUGCACGAAAGAAGUGUCGUUUAAAAAGUUGGGAUCUCCACCAACAAACUGCGUGAACAACGUCUGCGCACACGUAGACGCGUCCAAUGUCUCUCAUCGAGAGCUCAUCCCUCAUCUAAGCACGACUCGUUCUCUGUAGGAUUUGAAACCCGGGUUUCAUAAAGAAGGAGAGGAGCAGAGUGCAAUAGUACGUCGUGCGAUUGCCAGGAGUUACCUCGAUUCUAUAUGUGUAGCACGCAUUCGUAAACGGUUUGUAAUCACGACACCUGUAUUCUCUCUAAACGAAACUCUGAAGUGAAUUUUGAUUGCCCUUUCGUAUGCUCUACGUAAAACUGCUGACAUUCUUUUCGGUGCGAAUACGAACACACCGUGAAGAGCUGUAGAGGUGUGCGGAACGACAGACUCUGAGCGUGCACAAAUUAAUGUUGCAAUGUUGCCAAAAACAAGAGAGAGAAAAACUCAAUGAAAAUCAGAAGCAUGGAACAGAAAGAAAAGAAGCGAGUUCGCGUUAUGUUAUACAGGUGUGCUACACGUUAACCGUGGUGGGCUCUCAUUUGCACACCUUCUUCCUCUUUUUCACAUAUGUGUUGAUUGGUCAGCACCAGUGCAGUAUUUUGAACUCAGGAGGAGCGUUCGCAGUGGAGUUGGUGUGGUGUGAACCGUACCCGCUGGCUACUGUGGCCUUUCUCGCAGGUAUUUUUAGGGUGUUGGGAGAUCAUUGUGGAGUGUUUGGAGGUAGGGGUGCUAGGAGAAUGCCUGGGCAGCACUCUACGUUGAGGGUUGCGGGGCGUCACGGCGAUAUAAACGAUACGCUGACGAAAACCACUUCAAAUCACCGUAAAAUACAUCGCAGACGUCCUGUUCAACACCACUUCAAACAUGGACUGCCACGCCCGCAGUCCUAACGUCAGCCUUGACAUCACCUAAAGCAUUUACAUAUCCCACCACCGCCAGUGAAGUGCCAGGUCAGCUAGUACAAAGGGUUUGUCAUCUGAGUCCUCCACCGAUUGAAGUCCGGUACCGAUACAAAUGUAAACUGUUUUAUGAGUAAAGACUAACAGCACCUGCAACACUUUUAAAAGACCAUUCUGGACACAAUAAAUGAUGUGUGUUUUCUC